GUGACGAACACCUCUUCAUUCUCUCCUCCCAAACCCCAAAGCAUCUCAGAAACCAGAUCUAGUUUCUCCGGCUUUUAUCCUCUCCUUAAAAAGAUUUGCUUGAUCCGAUCUAAAUCCUCGACAUUGCAGUUGUCGUGGCCAUGCAGACCCUUAUUUCCACCGUCCAGAGAUCCUCCGACCUCCUCCGUACACCACGGGCACCUAGAAAUCGCUCUUCUCCUGCCACCACCGUUGUUGGAUAAGGUCAGGACGUCGACGCGGUUCUCGAGCUCCUCGAGGAAAUCGCCGACGAAAAUAUGGCAG